AUGGACUACUCGUACCUGAACCAAGCCAACUUCGAUGGUCUGACCGGCACCACCACGGCCGCGUCCAACAUGGACCACGCGGCCAUGGGAUACGGUGACCUGACCGCGUGUGGCCAAAUGACGCACGCCGCGUACCGGUUCGGUCCCACUGCGUCCAUGGCCGCCCGGUCUUACAACACGGCCAUGGGACAUCACCUGUCAGCCGCCGCAGCCGCAGCGGCCGCCGCGUCCGGCAACGGCCACAACGGCACCGGCGUCACUUCCGCCGCCGCUGCAGCAGCCGCAGCCGCCGCCCGUGGACACCACCACGGUCAUCACCAGGACCAUCACCCGGGGCGGCCAACCAUGUUCUCGACCGCAAUGAACUUACCAGGUAAGCCAGGCAGCUCGCCAAUGUGA